CUUCCUUAUUCGGUUAUCACAAAUCUUUUUUCUCUCUGAAGUUUUAAUCAUGGAUUCUAGACAAGUCCAAAGUCAUGACUAUGAUGAACAUCACAAUCAUCCACAUGGCCAUGAUGUUGGCAUUGGCAUACAUCAAGUUCUUCAUGGUUCAGAUGAGCACCAACAUGACCAUGAGAAGAAGUCUGUUGUUAAGAAAGUGAAGGCAAAGGCUAAGAAAAUCAAGGACAGAGUCACCAAGCAUGGUCAUCAUGACAAUGAACAUGAUCAGGAUCAGUAUCACUAUGAAGGUCAACAUAUCCCUGAUGAUCAUGAUUUGGAUGAGGAAGAUGAUGAAGAUGAAGAAAUGAUUGACGACCCUGAAGUCCAUGGUGCACCAAUUUAUGAUAGUACUGCUUUUAGAAGUGCUGUACCAGGGCAAACACAAUACUUGGCAAGUCCUAAUGUUAAUUUAGGAGGUACAUCAGUUAUGGGAGUAGAACCCCAUCAUCACCAGCCAAGAGUUGUAGUUGUUUCUUCUGAU